AUGACUAAUAAACUUUUGAAACCCUCUUGUUCCCUUAAGGUAAGGGUUUAUACCAAUAAUGUUCGAUUUGAUAAUCGCAAUCACCCCGAUAAAGGAGAAUUACCUUGGGCUCUGCGAAAGGUAGGUGUGACUGGAUCCAUUAAAUUUAAUGCGUACCCGGGACUAGCCAACGUUGUUAAUUUGCAGGAAGUUCUUCAUAAUCAAUUGAAUGAUAUAAUCGAAGAAUUGGGUCCAGAAUGGGCAUUUUAUGGGGUAGGGAGAACUGACGGGAAAACAAAGGGAGAGUAUUCUCCCAUUUUUUAUAAGAAGAGAGAAUGGAAAUUAUUAGAAUCAAAAACAAUUUGGCUAAGUGAAACUCCUGAUGUCCCAGGAAGUAAGAGUUGGGAUGCUGCAUUAGAAAGAAUAUGCACCAUUGUCGUCUUGGAAAACAGAACGUUCCCAAACUUGAAGAUAAAGUUUUUGAACACCCACUUUGAUCAUCAGGGAGUUAUUGCUAGAAGAGAAUCUGCCAAGAUAAUUGCUGGUGAAAUGAAGAAUGAAACGCUUCCUGCAAUUUUGAGUGGUGACUUCAAUACUCAGCCAAUUGAUGAGCCAUAUCUGAUUUUAAAAGGUGCUGGUUUCAAAGACAGUAGGGUUGCGGCAUCGGAUAUUUAUGGGUUUCAUGGUGGAACAUUCACAGGGUUUGAUAAAGAGAAAAUCCCAAGCAUGAUCAUUGAUUAUGUGUGGUCUAACAAUUUCUCUCCCACGAAUUAUGGAGUUCUUGAAAACAAUUUUGGUGAAUUCUUCUCAGAUCAUCGACCAGUAGUAGCCGAUUUUAGUAUCAAAAGUGAUGAUUAA